UUUGAGGCUUCCUUCUUUCUCUUCUUCCCCUUCCUUUCGGUCUUCCAAGUUCUGAGGCAUGGAGGGGAAGUUCCGCUUCGCCAUCGACCGCGGCGGGACCUUCACGGACGUCUUCGCGCUCUGCCCCGGGCCGGGGAGGAAGAGGAGGGUCCGCGCCCUCAAGCUGCUCUCCGAAGACCCCCACAACUACCGCGACGCCCCCACCGAGGGCAUCCGGAGGGUCCUGGAGGAGGAAUGUGGCAUACCCUUCCCCAAGGACCAGCCCAUGGACACCUCGCGCAUUGCCUGGCUGCGCAUGGGCACCACGGUGGCCACCAACGCCCUGCUGGAGCGCAAGGGGGAGCGCCUGGCCCUCCUCAUCACCCGCGGAUUCCGGGACCUGCUCCACAUCGGGAACCAAGCCCGGCCCAACAUCUUUGACCUGGCGGUGUCGGUGCCGGAGGUGCUCUAUGAGGCCGUGGUGGAAGUGGACGAGCGCCUGGUCCUACACCGGGAGGGAUGCCCGCUCUUUGGCUCGGCCCGGAAGGUCACAGGUCUGACGGGGGAGUCCUUGGUGGUGGAGCAGCCCCUGGACGUGGGGGCCUUGCGAGGGGAGCUGGAAGCGCUGUUGGCACGGGGCAUCACCAGCCUGGCGGUGGUCCUGCUUCACUCCUACCUGUGGCCGGAGCACGAGCGGCAGGUGGGCUCUCUGGCCCAGGAGCUGGGCUUCCGCCAGGUCUCUCUCUCCUCAGAGGUGAUGCCCAUGGUGCGGGCCGUGCCCCGGGGAUACACCGCCUGCGCAGACGCCUACCUGACCCCCUGCAUCCGCCGCUACCUGGACAGCUUCCGGGAGGGGUUCGCCUCCCAACUGAAGGGCAUUCCAGUGAUGUUCAUGCGCUCAGAUGGAGGCCUGACCCCAAUGGAGGCCUUCAGCGGCUCAAGAGCCAUCCUCUCUGGCCCAGCCGGCGGAGUCGUGGGCUACGCUGUCACCACCUUCCGCCGAGAGAAGGACCAGCAGCCAGUCAUUGGCUUUGACAUGGGAGGGACGUCUACAGAUGUGAGCCGCUACGCCGGGGAGUAUGAGCAUGUCUUCGAGGCCAGCACCGCCGGCAUCAGCAUCCAGGCCCCACAGCUGGACAUCAACACGGUGGCUGCGGGUGGAGGGUCACGGCUCUUCUUCAGGUCCGGCCUCUUUGCAGUGGGUCCCGAGUCGGCCGGCGCCCACCCUGGACCCUCCUGCUAUCGGAAGGGGGGUCCACUGACCGUGACAGAUGCCAACCUCUGUCUGGGCCGUCUGUUACCCGCGCACUUCCCCCACAUCUUCGGCCCCAACGAGGACCUGCCCCUCUCGCGGGAGGACGCCCUCCGCGGCUUCAAGGAGAUGACCGACAACGUCAACACCUUCCUGGCCAAUGACGAGAGGCCGCCGCUCAGCCUCGAGGAGGUGGCCAUGGGCUUUGUGCGGGUGGCCAAUGAGGCCAUGUGCCGGCCCAUCCGCGCCUUGACCCAGGCCCGGGGCCAUGACACCUCUCGGCACGUGCUGGCUUGCUUUGGCGGAGCGGGGGGCCAGCACGCUUGUGCCAUUGCCCGGGCGCUGGGCAUGAGCAAGGUCUUCAUCCACAAGUACAGUGGGAUCCUCUCGGCAUAUGGCCUGGCACUGGCGGACGUGGUCCAUGAGGCCCAGGAGCCCUGCGCUCUUGCCUACACCCCCGAGGCCUUUGACCAGCUGGACCAGCGGAUUGCUGCCUUGGAGGAGGUCUGCCUGAAGGAACUGGAGGCCCAGGGCUUUGCCAGGUCCCAGAUCGGCACGGAGACCUUCCUGCACCUGCGCUACGAGCGGACGGACUGUGCCCUCAUGUGCUCCGCCAGGGGCCACCCGCCCACUCUGGGGUCCUGUCGACGAGGGGACUUUGGGGCUGCCUUUGCUGCCAAGUACCAGCAGGAAUUCGGCUUCACCAUUCCCAACCGGGCCAUUUUGGUGGAUGACAUCAGGGUCCGGGGCACCGCCAGUUCCGGGCUGGGGCAGGAGGAGCCUGUGCCGGCCAGCAAAGGACCACCCCGCAUGGAAACAGUGACUCGCUGCUACUUCGAGGGGGGCUACCUGGAGACGGGGGUCUACCUGCUGGAGGGCCUCACCUGGGGCCACUCCGUCCCGGGGCCCAGCCUCCUCAUCGACAAGAACAGCACCAUCCUGGUGGAGCCCGGCUGCAGGGCUUCCAUCACUCGCCGUGGGGACAUCUGCAUUGAGGUGGGCUCUGGGGCCCAGUGGGCAGUGGGGCCUCAGGUGGACCCCAUCCAGCUCUCCAUCUUCUCCCACCGCUUCAUGAGCAUUGCAGAGCAGAUGGGGCGCGUCCUCCAGCGCACGGCCAUCUCCACCAACAUCAAGGAGCGCCUGGACUUCUCCUGCGCGCUCUUUGGGCCGGGCGGGGGCCUGGUCUCCAACGCCCCCCACAUCCCGGUCCACCUGGGCGCCAUGCAGGAGACCAUCCAGUUCCAGAUCCGGAACCUGGGCCCGGAGAUCCAGGAGGGGGACGUAAUCCUGAGCAACCACCCCUGUGCCGGGGGCAGCCACCUCCCAGACCUGACCGUCAUCACUCCGGUCUUCUGGCCGGGGGAGGCCAGGCCGGUCUUCUUCGUGGCCAGCCGGGGUCACCACGCGGACAUUGGGGGGAUCACGCCGGGCUCCAUGCCCCCACACUCCCGGUCCUUGCAAGAGGAAGGCGCCGUCUUCGUGUCCUUCAAGCUGGUCAAGGGGGGCGUCUUCCAAGAGGAAGCCGUGACAGAGGCCCUGAUGGCUCCCGGCCGCAUCCCCGGCAGCAGCGGCACUCGCAAUCUGCAGGACAACCUCUCUGACCUUCGGGCCCAAGUGGCCGCCAACCAGAAGGGGAUCCAGCUGGUCAGCGACCUGAUUGGCCAGUACAGCCUGGAGGUGGUGCAGGCCUACAUGGCCCACAUCCAGGCCAACGCAGAGGUGGCCGUCCAGCAGAUGCUGAAGGACUUUGCCCACGGCCGAGGUCAGUCAGGGCGUCCUCUGCAGGUCGAGGCUGAAGACUUCAUGGACGACGGCUCCCCCAUCCGCCUCAAAGUGACCAUUGACCCCCAAGAGGGCACAGCCACCUUUGACUUCUCCGGCUCCGGCCAUGAGGUUUACGGGAACUGCAACGCCCCUCGCGCCAUCACCCUCUCGGCCCUCAUCUACUGCCUGCGCUGCAUGGUGGGCCAGGACAUCCCCCUCAACCAGGGCUGCCUGGCCCCCGUCCGGGUGGUCAUCCCCAAGGGCUCUCUCCUGGACCCCUCUCCGGACGCGGCCGUGGUGGGGGGCAACGUGCUGACCUCGCAGCGGGUGGUGGAUGUCAUCCUUAGAGCCUUUGAGGCCUGUGCAGCCUCCCAGGGCUGCAUGAACAAUGUGACCUUUGGCAACACGCGGGUGGGCUACUAUGAGACGGUGGCUGGAGGAUCCGGAGCAGGGCCUCAUUGGCACGGCCGGAGCGGGGUCCACUCCCACAUGACCAACACCCGCAUCACAGAUCCGGAGAUCCUGGAGAAGCGGUAUCCGGUGGUCCUGAAGUGCUUCCAGCUGGCCCCCGGCACAGGCGGAGACGGCCAGUUCCAGGGCGGAAACGGCGUCCGGCGGGAGAUCCAGUUCCGGGAGGAGAUGGUGCUCUCAGUGCUGAGUGAAAGGAGAGCUUUCCGGCCCUACGGCCUGCAAGGGGGCAAGGAGGGCGCCCCGGGACUCAACCUGCUCAUCCGGAAGGACGGACGGACCAUCAGCCUUGGAGGAAAGACCUCCGUCACAGUGUUCCCUGGGGACAUCUUCUGCCUGCAGACCCCCGGUGGAGGGGGCUUCGGACCUCCUUCUGCCCCCCAGCUCUGCUCCCCGGCACUCCUGGCCCCACUUCCAGAACGGCGCUUUUUGGAGCGAGGAAGCCUCUUUGAUUUCCGCCUGGUCCAGGAGAUGGCCUGAAGGCCACAAGAGACUCCUCACAUGAGAGAAGCCCUGAUCCGUUGGUUGCUGGGACUCUGGGUGAAGAGGGGAUGGAAGUCUUGGUGUUGGGGCAGGUGGAAGGAAGACCCCAUAGCAGCCCCUUGACCCAGCUCUUCCUGCCAUGGGUCUCCAUGGGGCUGCUUCCUUGGGCAGGAAUGGGGGCUUCAGAAGAGGAAGGCCAAAGGAAUUUGGCUGGAUGGUGGACAGGAGAAGGAGCAGAUCUAUGUUUGGCCACAAGAGGACAGCAGGGUCCAAAGUUGGGAUGGUCAGAAGUUUGCCUGCCCAUCUGUCCAUGUGUUUGUGUCUUUUCUCCAUUAUGGUCAGUCUGGACUUCCUAGAAGGUUUGAGGCUCUUCUUCAUGCUGGCGGUCCUGUGCCUUCCUCCUCCUCUUCUUCUUCCUCCUCUUUCUUCUCGCCACACUGCCUCUGUUUCAUCCAUGCUUUCCUUCUUGCUAAACACUCCACAGGAAUGUCAACGGUAGCAAGCAGUGGCAUCUGCUCCCCAGUUUGUCGCAUCGCUUCCAUGUUGAAGGGGUAAUAAAACCAUUCAGGACCA